ACGCUAGCAUGCUAACAUGCUAACGCGAGGGAGGGCCAGCAGGCUUUUCCGCAAGCCAUUUUACGAUUCAGGCUCCGCGACGAGCUACGAGAGAAUGUCGUCUUCUCCGGAAAUCUGUUUUGCACAGACGGCGAUUUUGAUUUGAUAUGCUCAUCGUUUUCCCGUGGAGAGGAGAGCCCUUUCCUGUUUUCUCCUGGAAAGAAGACAAUGGAGACAGAAAUUGAACAGCAGGACGAAGAGACCACAUUCAGUAACACUGACACUAACGGUAAACGCCCUGCUGAGGACAUGGAUGAGGAACAAGCCUUCAAACGAUCUCGUAACACAGAUGAGAUGGUGGAGCUGAGAGUGCUGCUACAGAGCAAAAAUGCUGGUGCAGUGAUCGGAAAAGGUGGCAAGAACAUUAAAGCGCUCCGGACAGACUACAAUGCCAGUGUAUCAGUCCCAGACAGCAGUGGCCCAGAGCGCAUCUUGAGCGUGAGUGCAGAUAUCGAGACAAUUGGAGAGAUUCUUCUGAAGAUCAUCCCUACUCUGGAGGAGUACCAGCACUACAAUGGUAUAGAUUUUGAUUGCGAGCUGCGCCUUCUGAUUCAUCAAAGUUUAGCAGGAGGCAUUAUUGGUGUCAAAGGGGCCAAAAUUAAGGAGCUCAGAGAGAAUACCCAGACGACCAUUAAACUCUUCCAAGAAUGCUGCCCGCAUUCGACAGACCGUGUGGUUUUAGUGGGAGGAAAACCUCAGCGAGUGGUGGAGUGCAUUAAGGUCAUCCUAGAACUGACGUCAGAGGCUCCUAUCAAAGGCCGCGCUCAGCCCUACGACCCGAAUUUCUACGAUGAGACUUACGACUAUGGCGGCUUCACCAUGAUGUUCGAAGAGAGAGGACGACGGCCCAUGGGUGGUUUUCCUAUGCGCGGGCGUGGCGCUUUCGAUCGGAUGCCCCCCAGCCGUGGCGGGCGCCCUAUGCUCCCCUCUAGGCACGACUAUGAUGAUAUGAGUCCUCGUCGUGGACCGCCUCCACCUCCGUUGGGGAGGGGGGGUCGAGGAGGGAGCCGGGCUCGAAAUCUGCCCCUCCCUCCUCCACCUCCUCCCAGAGGAGGAGGCGACCGGUUUUCUCAUCAUCACAGCAAUAUAGACGACAGACCGAGUGACAGGAGAGGAAGACCCGGAGACCGCUACGAAAGCAUGGGUGGAGGUGGAUAUGACAAUAACUCUUCUUGGGAACCCUUCCAAUCCGGCGGACGAAGUUCCUACGGUGACAUCGGCGGUCCCGUCAUCACAACACAAGUCACCAUACCCAAAGAUCUGGCUGGUUCCAUCAUCGGGAAAGGUGGGCAGCGUAUUAAACAGAUCCGUCACGAGUCUGGAGCCUCCAUUAAAAUCGAUGAGCCUCUGGAGGGUUCGGAGGAUCGUAUCAUCACCAUCACAGGAACUCAGGACCAGAUUCAGAACGCCCAGUAUCUUCUGCAGAACAGUGUGAAGCAGUACUCCGGUCGGUUCUUCUAGAGGACAGCAAGCAAACCCAUACUGCUCUACCUGUUUUCCUUCAGCUUCUUUUCAGAGUCUACAUUCCUCAGCCUCUUCAGUAGAUGUGUCUCCCCUGCCGCCGCCGCUCUCCUAACACCUCGACGCAAACGAUUUCGAGGCCUCGAACAGCGUUUUUAGAAUUAGAGUGGUUCUUGUUUCUUUUCCUUUUCUUCUCCUGUACUGUGGAUGCAUUGAUUCCCCCCCUGAGCAGAGCUGCAUGCCCGGUUAAUCUCCAAAUUCAGAAUGUAAUCUCCGAUCAAUCAGUUUGAUUAACUUUUUUUUUUUCCAUUUUGCCAUUAUGUGAAAAAUGUAAAUGUCCAGCUGAGUUUUAAAAUCUUAGCAUCUUUAUUUAAUAAACUGCAACGUGUGUGUGUGUGUGUGUUGAGGUGGGAUAUGAAGUGGAAAUGUGGAUAGGAAUUAUUUUUUUCCCCUGUUUUGAUUGGCUACGGACUUGACAGUAAUCUCAACGAUAUCAGGAUCCAUUGAAUCUCAUUCACGCUCGUUUUGUACGUCCAUUUCUAUGCUUUUUUUUUUUUUUUAAAUAAUAAACAUUUUAAAUUGGAUUUCUUCAAUAUACUCAGCUGUAAAGCUCUCCCGGUGUUCAUGGCCCUGUUCCCUGUUUUCUGGUGUCUGUGUAGAAUGUGCUGUGAGUCUGAGUAAUAAAGUCUGUGCCACUUUUUAUUAAAA